CAAAGCUCAUAUUUGACGUGCGCCAAACUAUCUACGUGACGUUUAUAUAGCAAUUUCAGCAAUUCCAUAAAAAUAAUCAUUUUCUACUUGGCAUUGGGCAACCAAUCGAAGCUGGAGGCUUUAUAGAUCCCAGUUUUCCAGGACGGAUUAUCUGUUUUUACAGUACAUGUUGCUGUAACGACUUGGCGCGACUAAGGACAAUCCCAAAAUGCAGCAACCAGUGACCGAAGCAGGCGCCGCUUACGAGCCGAACCUCAAGAGUUAUGACGACUUAUUCCCGGCCUUGCCUGAAUCCACUCAACCCAACCAGACCGCAGCCCCCCAUUGGAACACUGCGGUUAACAACAAAAUGCGCAUCGGCACGAGCGUCAUCACCCAAGUGUUCAGAGUCCCGUAUGAAGAACGCAAAUUGGACGGCGGCUCAAAGUUCGGCGAAGGCGAAUCGGUCCAGACAUGUGGAGCGAUCAUGAAAGAGACCGGCGCUCACAUUGAAAUCUCCCAUGGAAAGGACCAGUCUUUAUCCUUCCUAGUAACUGGGAAAAAGAAUGAAGUACUUAAAGCAAGAUUCAAGAUUUUGAGUCAUUUUCAAACUCAGGCUCACAAAUCGAUUUCCAUCCCAAAAGAGCACCACAAACUGAUCUUGGGCAAAAAGGGCGAUCGCCUGAAAGAGCUGGAGAAGCAAACGGGAACGAAAAUUUCCGUUCCGAACAUGAACGACGAGUCGGACGUGCUCACCAUCACCGGGCCGAAAGAGGGCAUCGAAAAGGCCGAGCACGAAAUCAAAGUGACGUCCGACCAACAGUCCAAGAAGGCGCAAGAGCUGUUGAACAUCCCGAAGAUUUUCCAUCCGUUCAUCGUGGGGCCCUUCAACGAGAACCUCACUCAGCUUAUCUCUGAAACGGGAGCGCGGAUCAAUGUGCCGCCCCCAUCCGUGCAGAAGGACGAAAUUUUCAUCGCGGGCGAAAAGGACGGCGUGGCUGCCGCCAAAGCGAAAAUCGAAGCCAUCUUCAAGCUGAUGGAGAAGAAAUGCACCACGGUAUCGGUCGAAGUUUCCAAAUCCCAGCACAAAUAUGUAGUGGGGCCUAAAGGGGCCACCUUAGCUGAGAUUCUUCAGAAAACCGGGGUGAGCGUUGAGAUGCCGCCGAGCGACUCGAGCGUGGACACCAUCACUUUAAGGGGCCCCCCUGAAAAACUUGGCCUGGCAUUGAAUGUGGUUUAUGAAAAAGCCAACUCGGUUCGCUCCACUGAUGUGACCGCACCCUCAUGGCUGCACAAAUACAUCAUCGGCAAGAAGGGCCAGAAAAUCAAGGAAAUCACCCAAAAUCUGCCCAAAGUUCAUGUAGAGUUCACUGACAAGGACCAUAAAAUCCGCAUCGAAGGCCCACCGGAAGAGGUGGAAAGUGCUCAGGAGCAAAUCGAAGCCAUCACCAACGAUCUUGUGAAGAACAUGUGCUUCGAAGAAAUGACCGUCGAUAGCAGACUGUUCAAGCACAUCAUCGGUAAGGCUGGCGCCAACGUUAACAAGCUGAAGGACGAAUUCAAUGUGGUCAUUAACAUUGACGAGAGUGGCAUGAUCCGGAUUGAGGGCAGCAAGGACGAUGUUGCCAAAACCAAGGAGGAUUUAGAGCAGAGAAUCUUCAAGUUGGAGAACGAAAAGGAGCGAGACGUUAUCAUUGACCAUCGCCACUUCAGAAAUAUCAUCGGCACUAAAGGGGAGGCCAUCAAGGAGAUCAGAGACCAAUUCAACCAAGUGCAGAUCGUCUUCCCAGGGCAAGGCGAAAGAAAUGACAUAGUCAAAGUGCGCGGCCCCAAAGAGGACGUUGAUAAGUGCGUGAGACUUCUAGAAGUCAAAGUCAAGGAGCUUAAAGAGUCGUCGUUUCAAGUGCAAGUGCCAAUUUUCAAGCAAUUUCACAAGUUCAUCAUUGGAAAAGGUGGUUCGACAAUUAAAAAAAUUCGCGAGGAGACCAACACUAGAAUCGACGUGCCCGCCGAAGGCGACACUAACGACAGUAUCACCAUCACAGGAAAGCGCGAGAAUGUGGAUAAAGCCCGAGAGCAAAUCCGCAGCAUUCAGGAUGGUUUGGAGAACAUCGUCAGCGAGGAAAUUACUAUUGAUCCUAAAUUCCAUAACGCUCUGAUCGGUGUUAAAGGGAAACUCAUCCAUUCCAUCAUGGAAGAUUGUGGAGGGGUUGCGAUCAAAAUUCCCAGCCCCGACAGCAAGAGCGAUAAAGUGACCAUUCGAGGUCCCCAGGAUGAUGUCAACAAAGCGAAACAGCAAUUGCUGGACUUGGCCAGCGAAAAGCAAUUGGCUAGUUUCUCUGACGAGGUGCGCGCCAAAGCUCAACACCACAAGUUCCUGAUCGGCAAAAACGGCACCAACGUGAAGAAAAUUCGCGACUCCACUGGUGCAAAGAUUUGCUUCCCUUCGAACUUGGAAGACGAUCCGGAAACCAUCACCAUCAUCGGCAAAAAGGAAGCGGUAGCUGAUGCCAAGAAGCAACUUGAGGCCAUGAUCAAGGGCAUCGACAACAUCGUGGAAGACGAGAUUAAAGUGGAACCCCGACAUCACAAGCACUUUGUGGCUCGAAGGGGCGAAGUUCUUUACCGGAUCAGCGAUGAGUGUGGUGGCGUUCUGAUCUCAUUCCCCCGAUCAGGCGUCGACAGUGACCGAGUGGUGCUGAAAGGUGCCAAAGAGUGCAUUGAAGCCGCCAAGCAAAAGAUCAACGAAACGAUCACCAACCUGGAAUCGAUGGUCACCAUCGAAUGCAUCAUUCCGCAGAAGCACCACAGAACGGUGAUGGGCGCGAAGGGAUACAGGGUCCAAGGAAUUACUUCGCAGUUUGAUGUGCAAAUCAAGUUUCCCGAUAGGGACAACACUGAAGAAUACCAAUCUGAGUUGACCAAUGGAAAUGUCGACGCCGAACCCAUCAGGCAGUGCGACGUGAUUAAAAUCACAGGCAAGGAAGAGAACUGUAUUAACGCUCGACAAGCGCUGUUUGAUCUGAUCCCCGUUACCAUUGAAGUCGAUGUGCCGUUUGAGAUGCAUCGGCCAAUCAUUGGAGCCAAAGGCCAAGGUGUUCGCGAUCUAAUGAUCCGAUUCGAUGUCCAUAUUGUGUUGUCCUCUGCUGAAGUGCCGGAGGACAUUAUCAAAAUCUCUGGAACGCCUGCGAAUGUUCACGACGCUAAAGAAGCUCUGCUCGAGCGCGUAAAGGAACUGGAGGAGAUGAAGAAGGACAGAGAGCUCAGAUCGUACACGUUGCAGAUCGAGGUAAAUCCGGAUUAUCAUCCUAAGAUCAUCGGCAAGCGUGGCGCGGUGAUAACCAAGAUCAGGAAGGAUCACGAUGUGCAGAUCAUAUUCCCCAAAAAAGGGGACGAAAACGAGCACAUAAUUACCAUCACGGGGUACGAAGAAAACACCCAUCAGGCCAAGGAGGACAUUCUGAAGAUCGUGAGAGAACUGGACGAGCUCGUCAAGGAGGAGCUUGAAAUCGACUCACGCGUUCACUCCCGAUUGAUCGGAGGCCGUGGCCGCAACAUCCGGAAAAUCAUGGACGACUUCAAGGUUGAUAUCAAGUUCCCGAGGAGCGACGAUAGCAACCCGAAUCUGGUUAUCAUCUCUGGCUAUGAAGACAACGUCUCUGAUGCCCGUGAACAUUUGCUCAACCUCGCCGAGGAAUAUCUGCAAGAUGUAGAAGAAAUGGAGACUCGCGAGAAACUGCACACACUCAACCUCAACAUCCAUUUUGAUAAUCCAGCUCCGCCUCAAAAUCCUCAGCGCAACAGCAUGUAUAAACCGAACGGAUUCGUGGUGCAAGGCGGCCCUUGGGAGCAAAGCGCCCCGAACACGGCAAGCGUUACAGAUUUUCCGGCAUUUGGGCGGAGCACCGAGGAACCGCAAGCCGCCCCCGUAGCUGGCGCAUGGGGCAACAGGCGUUAACUCGGUCGCCCUCUUCGGUUUUCACCUUGCGCCUUCAUUACCUUAAUCGUAUUACUUCAUAUUCAUUUGAAUUAUAUCUGAAAUACGUGCGAAGGUGAAAACUUGCCCAGUUAAUGCCAAAAUUAAGGUACUAACCCUUGUUUAAGUAAGUCAUUAGCGGACUCAACCUCUUCCCUCACUGUUUGCUGCAUUAAAUAGGCCUGGCGAUGACACUGGACCUCGAUAUAUGGAAUACUGAAUAUUACUUACGCAUCCUCUUUUAUACGUGCAAGUCUUCCCAAGCUCGGGCGGACAUUUGGCCUACAAUCGGCACUAAACCCGUAGAGAAGUUAUGAUACUCGUACAGAGAAGUUGAAUGUAAAUGCGUUCCCUUUGUCCAUGAAAGUUCAUCAUGUCGGUUAAUUAGUUGUUUAUACUGAGUUUCUUUUAGUUCUGUGUCAUAACGUCUCUGCCCUCAAACUAGGCGGUGCAUCGUGCCUUCCUAUUAAAAAUUAAUCCCUUUUAGUCAGUGGCACCAUGUUUUCCUUUCGUGUUUAAAUUCGUGUGUUAGAAGGAAAGCGACUGAUCGUGGCUACUCAACCGGGUGGUCUUUAAUUUCGUUAUUGUUGUAAAUUAUUUUGCCUGUUAUCUGUAUACAUUGAGAAGGUAUUUUAUUAAUUCUAGAUUUGAUUAUAUACAGUAAAGCCUUGCGGUCAUCUUGUUAGCCCAAGACUAACCUGAGGGAGAGAAUAAAAUAAAAUGCUCAUAAAAAUGGUA